UAUACACACAAAAAUAAACCCAAGACCGGCUACUAAAUUGACCAUAAAGGCCUUCCGUACUCUGCGCAGGAAUAAGGAAAAAGAGAAUGAGCAGGGUGCGGAGAACCUCCAUAUAGUAGUGUUUAGAUAGAUUUAGAUUUGUUAAUAACACCGAAUCUAAUGAGGAAAUAGUUCUUAAAUCAUUUAUGCUAAUAAUAAGAAGUGCGAAAAUUACUUCUAAAAUAUGAAAAAAUACAUACAACAAUAAGUUAUGGUUAUCUGAAUAAUAAAAAUGCCUAUAAACUAAUUACCAGUAAUAAUCAUGACAAACAAUAAUCAUCACAAAUUAAUUUUAAAUUAUGUAAAAACUAUUGAAAGGAUCACAGAUCAUUUAAAAAUAUGAAUCACUUAAUCAACAUAAAUUAUAAAAAAUGAAAUGAAAUUAAUCCGACGAUCGGGUAAAAGCUAGUAAUUAUUCACAACAGAAAGGAAAUUGCAUUUUAUAGGCUCCGCUCUACCUGAAAUCCAGUCCAAUGGAGGAAGCAAAAGCCCAAGCCCGUACUUAGCUGUUCUUUAAGCCCAUUCUUUGACAAUAUUUUAUAACGGGCCCUUUAAGCACACUUUCGUUUUUCGUUCGCUAAUUUUUUUUAAUACAAUUUAAUAUCCAAACAUUUCAUUUUAAACAAUAUAAUAGCCAAAUAUUUUCGAAAACAAUCUAAUAUCCAAAUCGUCAACUUUCGUCCGUUUGAUACUUUAAAAAAGUUUUGUUUAUGGGAAAUUGUCACCAUAAAGCUUUAUUUUCUUGUUUUGGCAUUGCAGAUGACUGAAUAUUUAGAUAUUCUAUACCAUCAUGGUGGAGUCAUGGACUUCUCGGGUUUGGAACCACGAUAUGUUGGUGGUUUUUCAUAGAAGAUAUCGAUGGAUAUUGAUGAAGUGUCGUACUUCGAACUUGAUGAAGUGUCAACUAACGGUCAAAUGGACGGAAAGUUGACGAUUUGGAUAUUAAAUUGUUUUCGAAAAGGUUUGGCUAUUAUUUUGUUUAAAAUGAAAAGUUUGGAUAUUAAAUUGUAUUUACUUGUUGUAGAAAUUCACUAUCUUUAAUGUUGGCCGGGACAAGAAAACUUACCAUGGUUGUCAUGCAGGUGGCAUGCCACCCGAUUGAACCUGGUUCAACCUGUGCCGGUCAUGAAACCGACAUGACACUACCGGUAUCGAUUUGCGCAUUCAAAGUAAAUGACAUCAUUUUAAUGAAUUAAAAUAAUAAUUUACUAUUCAUUUUAUGAAGGUAAUAGUUAAAAGUUGAUGAUAUUUGUUGGAUUGUAACUAAAUUGUCCACAAAUAUGUUUUAUAUAUGAUUAAAUACAUUGGAUAUUAAUUGUUUUCACCGGUACAAACCGACACAAACGGGUUAUACCAUCGGUCGUACCAUUCCACUUGCCAAACGGACACAACGAUAUAAACCAGUUUGACAACCUUGAAACUUACUCUUCGUCGUGCGAACGCCAUUCUGGGCCUCUAUUUCUCCUUCUUCGUCGUGCAUCCAGGGAGCUUCCUCCGCCCAUCUCACUUGUCGCGCCCCCACAGCUCCUUCUCAUCGCUCAGGUUCGAUCUUCUCUUUUCAAUUCCCUUUUUCUUAACGAGCGUUGUUCGUUCGAGUUCCUUGAUUUGAAUAAUUGGGCUUUUCUCGGUUCGAUCUGAUGGUUUUGCGUUGUUCGAAUUCUCCAUACAAGAAUGAAUGCCCUCGCGUUUUUUGUCGUGAACGAUUGUUGAUGUAUGAGUGAGGAAUCUGAUUGAGGCGCCAUCACCUUUUCCUUCAUUGCUCGGAUCUGAAGUCCUGUGGUAGGAGCUAGGGUUGAUUGUCCUGAACUAUGGUGUCGUGAUUAAUUUGAUUGUCUUGUUUCUCAUUCUGUCGCUGUUGUCCAUACUGUCUUUCUGGCACCAUAAGCCCCAGGCUUGAAGAUAAAAUUGACCUUCGCCACGAAGUGUUAAUGGUGUAAAUUUCGUAUUUCGAUUCUCAAGAAUCGAUUGCAAUUUGAAACUUAGGGUUGUUUUUUUAGUUAUUUCUCUUUGCUAUUCUAUCCUUCCUCCUGCAAAGGCUUCAUUCUGCCGAGUUAGUUCCAUUAUUGAAUUGAUAGGUUUAGUUCAUCUAAAUUAGGUGGAAAAUGUCACCGGAACAAUCCUUUUCUACUGGAAUGGGGAACCAUUUAAUUAGGAUUUUCUAACUGUGACCAUUUCAUUAACCGAGAGUUGAGGCACCUGCUAAGUUUUGUUACAGUAAUGUUUGUUGGAUAAUGUGAUAACGAGAUGUGUUGUUUCUGGGUCAAUUCUAUGAUUGAAUUGAUAGGUUAGUUCUCCCAGUUCCUGAAUAGAACAAGAGGUUACUUGUGUUAAAUUAUAUAUCCUGAUUUAUGAUUGUGUUAAAUUAUACAUCCUGGUUUAUGUCAUUCUGUUACAGGGGGUAAACUUCAUUGGGAUUAAAAAUGCCUUUACAGAAGAUUGAAACGGGUCAUGAGGACACAGUCCAUGAUGUUCAAAUGGAUUACUAUGGUAAGCGCAUUGCAACAGCUUCAGCAGACCAUUCCAUCAAGAUAGUUGGAGUGAGCAACAACACCUCUCAGCCUCUAGCUAAGCUUACCGGUCACCAAGGCCCUGUUUGGCAAGUAGCCUGGGCUCACCCCAAAUUUGGGUCCUUGCUCGCUUCCUGCUCUUAUGAUGGACGUGUUAUUUUAUGGAAGGAGGGCAAUGCAAACGAGUGGACACAAGCCCAUAUCUUCGAUGACCACAAGUCCUCUGUCAACUCCAUCGCCUGGGCGCCACAUGAACUCGGGCUGUGUUUGGCUUGUGGGUCAUCUGAUGGCAACAUAUCGGUCUUCACCGCACGAGCAGACGGUGGCUGGGACACAUCGAGGAUCGAUCAAGCUCACCCUGUCGGUGUGACAUCUGUAUCUUGGGCCCCAUCAACUGCCCCUGGUGCCCUCGUGGGGUCUGGUAUGCUCGACCCAGCUCAGAAGCUCUGCUCUGGAGGCUGUGACAACACUGUGAAAGUGUGGAAGCUAUCCAAUGGGACAUGGAAGAUGGACUGCUUCCCUGCUCUUCAGAUGCAUGCCGAUUGGGUGAGGGAUGUCGCCUGGGCACCGAACUUGGGUCUCCCAAAGUCCACCAUUGCUAGUGCAUCUCAAGAUGGGAAGGUCAUCAUAUGGACAGUGGCCAAAGAAGGGGAGCAGUGGGAAGGCAAAGUGUUGAAUGAUUUCAAGACUCCUGUGUGGAGGGUUUCGUGGUCGCUCACAGGAAAUAUUCUGGCUGUUGCGGAUGGGAACAACUCUGUUACGCUCUGGAGAGAAGCUGUAGAUGGAGACUGGCAGCAGGUCACGAUGGUGGAUUAAGUGCGAUAUCACGAAGAAUCGUGUUGAACACUUGUUUCCCCCGUCCCUCCUCUCUAAUACUUGAUCAUGGUCUUGAAGUGCCAUUUUAUAUUGUUCUGUGCAGAGACAUGUUCAGGGGGAGAGCUUCUUACUCUUUAGUUUGGCUCUUUGCCUUUUUUUAUUUGCAAGUUAUUCAAACGGGAGGCACGUUUGCAGGAUGCUUUUGGACUCUGAAUAUUUUGAGCGCUAGCUUCUAUUUCGAAAUUGCAGUAUGAUAGUGUUACUCGGGUACGAUAUUUGGGUGUCUUAGUGAAUCUUGUCAAGUUUGACGUCUUGUUUGCUGUAGUGAAUUCAUUUCGUUUGGUCUGUGUAGUAAAGCCUUUUGGUAAAGCCUUUUGAUACAUAGCAAGUGUGCGAUGCCAAUUGCCAAGCCAGGAGUUACUAAGAAACGGAAGCAUCAUUC